UAAUCGCAACGCCUGCGGAACCAGCGACAGUGGCUUUUGGCUCUGCAUUGCCGAAGAGUUUCCGUAUGAGUUUAAAACCAAUGAAGCGGUCGCUAUAUGGAUUUAGUCGUUAACGCACGGCCAAAACGUACACUUACCGCUCCGAACGCAAGUCGAUAAAGAAAUCGAAAUAUAUAACGCGCGAAAAGAAUUGUUCUGGGUGUAAAGAGGUCAGAACGUCAAAACAAAUCAGAUCAAACAACACCUGCUACUCACGGUGACACUUGAGUGAUAAUAAAUUUUGAAAAGUUUAUUUCUUUCGAAAGCGAUUGGAAAUAAAUUCAAAUUGUGCCGGUGCGGAAGUGUGCAAAGUUUUUUCUCCUUCCUUAACUUUUUCAUAUAUAAUUGAGAUCCAAAAAAUCAGAAAAUUUUGAAAAAAAAACCAACAACAAAAAAAAUAUUUACAAAUUCAAUAUUUACUUAACACUUUUCGUGGUCUCGAAAUAAUUGCUUGCUUACGUAUAUUACACCUUACGAAAAAAAGAUGUGUUAAUUUUUAAAUUGCAUAGCAUCAAAAUCUGAAAUCACACAGUAGAGUAUUUUCGGUAGAUGUUUUCCUUUUUUUUGCAACAAUAACAAAAGUAAUUUAUUAAAAAAAUCAACAAGAACAGCAACAACAUCAACCAAAGAAUUAUUUACAAUUUAUUCAAGUACUCACUGGCUGUCACUGGUAUUUAAAUUAAAAUAUCAUUGAAAUCCCCAGUAGUUGUUGCUCAUAACUACUAAACACUCACGCUGUGCAUCCAUCGCGGUACGGGAUCUUUUUUAUCCUCAUUUCUCAUUUGGGGAUAGGGCGAACAUUGCCAUCAACAAAAGCCAAGAGUGUUGACGUGUUUUUUCCCCUAAGGCGAACUAUUAAAGGGUCAGAGUGUAAGUAACACAACAUCCGCUAUAAUGACAAAAAAUGGACAUACCAAUGCGGCCUAUGUUGCUGAUGUAUCGGACAAGCCGUCAAAGAAAUACUCUCUGGAGUUGGCCGAGAAGGCAGAUAAAUACGGCGUGAAAUCAAAUGGCAUCGAUGAAUAUGAUCCGUUUCAACAUCGUCAGGUGGAGCAUCCCACAACAAAUGCCGAGACAAUGUUUCACUUUUUAAAAGGUUCUCUGGGUACCGGUAUAUUGGCCAUGCCAAAUGCUUUUAAAAAUGCUGGCUAUGUCAUGGGCAGCAUUGGGACAAUUGUAAUUGGCGCCAUUUGCACCUAUUGCAUACAUCAGCUGGUCAAGGCGGAAUAUGAAUUGUGCAAACGUAGAAAAAUCCCCAGCAUGAGUUAUCCCAAGGUUGCCGAAGAGGCCAUGCAGGAAGGUCCAACGAUAUUCCGCAAAUGUUCACCCUACAUUGGCAAUCUGGUGAACACAUUUUUACUCAUCUAUCAACUGGGCACAUGCUGUGUCUAUGUGGUCUUUGUAGCGUCGAAUAUUAAAUCAGUGGCGGAUUAUUAUCUUGAAACCCCAGUGGAUGUACGCCUGUGCAUGCUGAUCAUUUUGCUACCAUUGAUUCUAAUCAAUUACGUUCGUAAUUUGAAAUAUUUAGCUCCAUUCUCAACGAUCGCCAAUGCCAUAACAAUGGUGUCCUUCGGUAUCAUUUGUUACUACAUCUUCCGUCAGCCCAUCUCUACUGAGGGUAAGGAGGCAUUUGCCCCAGUCAGUGGAUUCCCAUUGUUCUUUGGAACUGUCCUAUUCGCUUUAGAAGCUAUUGGUGUUAUUCUCCCUCUGGAAAAUGAAAUGAAAACACCCAAGAAAUUUGGUGGCUCCUGUGGCGUUUUGAAUGUUUCCAUGAUUCUUAUUGUGUUCCUUUACGUCGGUAUGGGUCUUUUUGGUUAUCUAAACUAUGGUGAUGAUAUUGAAGGUUCCAUUACCCUGAAUUUGCCUGCUAAAGAAGUUUUAGCCCAAUGCGUCAAGGGCAUGUUGGCAUUUGCGAUUUUCAUAACCCACGGUCUGGCGUGUUAUGUUGCCAUCGACAUCACCUGGAAUGAUUAUGUGGCCAAGAAAUUGGGACCCCAGCGUUCAAAACUUUUCUGGGAAUAUGUUGUACGAACUCUGUUGGUUUUGGUUACAUUUUUAUUGGCCGUUGCUAUACCCAAUUUGGAGUUAUUUAUUUCCUUAUUUGGUGCUUUGUGCCUGUCAGCCUUGGGUCUAGGAUUUCCGGCACUCAUCCAAAUAUCAACACAUUGGUAUAAUACACAUGGAAAGGCUAAAAUCUGGUUAAUAUUGAGCAACUCUGUAUUGAUAAUUGUUGGUGUCUUGGGAUUGGUAAUCGGUACAUAUACAUCGCUGGCUGAAAUUAUAGCAACAUUUCUAGAUUAAUUCAAAAAGCAACACAUUACCUUACCCAUUAAUUUAAGCAAAGAAAUGCAUGAUGUCACAAGUAUUCACAGAACACAAAAUACGCUACUGUAAUUAGGACUCACAUUCCACUAACAAACAAUAGCUUGUAAGUUAGUCAAUAGUUUAGCGUAAAAAUAAGAUAUUUUACUAUUACCAUAUGUGGGACUACGUCAUUCACCUUAUUUGUUGUUAAUAAUUUAUUUAAAAAUGUAAUUGCACAAAAAAAACCAAAAUUCUAUGAGAAUUUGCGAUAUUUUUUUCGAACAUAAUGCAAUAAUAAAUUAUAUUUAUUUUAAGAUUUUUGUCACUCGCUGUGUAUAAAUAUAUAGAGUUUUUCAAUAACUGUUUAUAGAAUAUUAAUUGUUCUACGUCAAAAUAUUGUCAAAAAUAAAAAAACCCUUAACUAGAUACCAAAUACCAAUCAACACAGAUGUUAUAUCACACAUUUUUUAUGACAAUUGUAAUUGAAUUCUUUUGAAAACGAAUUAUGUAUCUGUUCGAUAAUUUGCCAGUGUUGCUUACUCAUUUGCUAUGCUCUCGGGUAUUCCAAUGGUAGAAUUAAGAAGGUAAAGUCAUGCAAUCAAAUAUUUACAAUUUUUAUAAAAUUAUCAAAAUGUAUAUUUAUAAAUCCUGUGUAUAUACAAAAAUCGGAGAUGGGAACCUGUUUUCUAUGCAGUAGAAUUUGCAGAAAAUGCAAAGAUGGAUAUGCUUAAUUUUACCAUGGUUGUUCGCACAAAAAUUGCACGAUUUUGGUUAUCGAACGUACAUACAUAUAGUUUUCAAGUCCCAAAUAAUGUGCCAAGUCCACAAUAAAAAUAUUAUUUAUAUAAAUUAAGAUAUGUAUUUAUAUUUUAUUAUAUUUAUAAAAUUGUUUAUUGCCAUGUUUUGUUUAUUUGUGAACGAAUAUUAAAUAUUAAUAAAAUAUGUAUUACUAUUGAAUA